AUGGAGAAUCUGACAGGGAGCUGGGGCUUCAACGCUUCGGCAGGAUUUGGCACAGCGAAUAUCUCGGGAGCUGGGGAUGUCGAGCUGUUAGACCAGAACACCGUGAUGCACAUUUUACCCUCGGUCUACGGGGUCCUGUGCAUUGUCGGGGUCGGGGCGAACUGCCUGGUCAUCUACACCCUGCUGGCUUGCAAAGCCAAGGGGGUCUCAGACAUCUAUGUUCUGAGCUUGGCCAUUGCAGACCUGCUGUUUCUCCUGGGGAUGCCCUUCACAAUCCACCAACUGGUCAGGGACAGGCACUGGGUGUUCGGCCAGUUCAUGUGCAAGGCCAUAACUGUGCUAGAUGUCACCAACCAAUUCACCACAGUGGGCAUUGUCACCGUACUGUGUGUGGACAGGUAUAUUGCAAUUGUGCACCCUACCACGGAGAAACGGACCAUCUGUCGGACAGUGCUUGUAAAUGUCCUUGUUUGGCUUGGCAGCCUGUUACUGACAAUCCCAGUCAUGCUGUAUUCCAGGACGAUCCAGGCAGGAGGCUCGGAAAUAUGUGCCCUGGACCUGCCCUCUGGAGUAAAGGACAUGUACUGGUAUACACUCUACCAGUCCAUACUGGGAUUUAUCAUUCCUCUGAUUAUUAUAAGCACUUUCUACUCAAUGACUCUCUUCCACGUCUUUAAAUCACUCCGAAGAGUUGGCAGGAAGCAAUCCGUGCAGGCAAAGAGAGCGACCAAGACUGUUCUCAUGGUGAUUGGUGUCUUUCUGGUUUGUUGGUUGCCUUUUCACGUGAUGCAGGUGCUCAACCUAACCUCCAUGACCCCCACCUUGCUCUUUCUUUACAUCUAUCACGUUAGCAUCUGUCUGAGCUAUGCUCACAGCUGUGUCAACCCUCUCGUUCUCCUGUUCUUCACAAAGACCUUCCAAGAGCGUUUGUGUGGCACAGUGGCGAAAAGCAGUUCCACCUCUCAUGUCAAGUUGACCACCACCAGAAGGGCUGGUACCUGUGAAAGCGUAGAGAUAGAGUGUAAGAGCUCAGUGUGA